AUGUCCACAUCCACUUCAGUUGGGUUCGAACUCAUCAAAGACAUCGUUGAUGAUCUCUACGUUGGGAGAAAAGUCCAUCUAGACUCUGUGACCGCCAUUCUGGCGGAGGUUUAUGGAGUUGAAAUUACCAAGAAUCAGCUGGACAAGAAGAUAACGAAAUGGGGCUUCCGCAAUCAGAGAGUGAAAACAUCCAGCAAAUCCAAGCCGUUGUUUCACGAACCUCCCAUGCGAGUAGUCUUGCCAAAGGAUGUGGGACCACCAGAUGUACACAAAAGACGAGAAUACAUUCUCUUCUACGUACAAAACGCCAUUGAUGCUGAAUUCCGGAGAUCCCGAAGAGGGGAAAAGCAAAAAUGCGAAUUCGAUCCUAUCUGGCUAACUCCCGGUAGGGGCUACAAGACAAGCUGGACAAAACUGUACAAAGCCUCUGAAAAACUACCCGAGUUCGCCGAAACUGGCCAAGUGAACCAGUUUGAAGCGUGCGUGGACGAGAUCUUCGCAGGCAUCCAGCCUGCAAUUCUGGGUAAAAACGAGCUUAACAUUAUGGUGUGCUUCUGGAGAGUCGCAAACGAUUUCCUCAAUGCUGCUGUCAAACGCCUGAACAAGGAUUUGCUCGAGACGUUCUUGGACACGCUGUGCGAUAAAAGACGAGAGUUAUUGCCAGAAAUAAAAUCGGAUCCGUUGGCGCUGCUAUGCACCUCCUUUCUCGAAUCUCCACGAGAGGAACGCUUUGAACUACUCCGCCUGGGUUAUGAAAGGUCGAUCACCCACCUGCAAUACCAUUACAUUGACCACAACCUCACAGUCCCACAGAUGACCACGAACUACUUGAUGUACUGGGACAGGAAUUCCACGCGAUUCCCGAACCUCAUCGCGGAUUUUGAAGACUUGAUUCUUUACACUACCGGGCGAUACGGCUCCGAUGACUGGCGUACCAUCACCUGCCUACAUCAAUUCCUUUACUACACGUUCAGCAUCAGAGGGGACACCCAGAGAAGCGCCCUGAUCGCCGAGACAUUGUAUUCCAGAACCCAGCGGAUCAUUUCAACCUCGAAGAAGAUAACCUGGAACACAGUGACUAAUGCCUUCACACUGGCCUCAGAGGCACUGAUGUCGUGGCACAGUCAUCGGUUCGAGGCAGGAGACGUGCUGAGAUAUUUCGAGCGCCUUUGUGACACACUGGACAAGGGGGACGAGGAAUGUCAACGACAAGCUACAUGCCUGAUGCGUAAGAUCCGAGAAUGUGGUGAGUUUGAGGAGACGACAGAAGAAAUCUUUCUCGCCAUGACCAUGAGGGAAGUAGUCUAG